AUGGCUCGCUGGGAGAACCGAGCCUGCCUCUCAGUGGUCAAGCCCCUGCCCUGGGCUGCAUGUCCAGGCCUGUCCCUGGCUCUGCACGGAGACCUGAUGGUGCUGCAGUUGGGCAGUGUCAUCCCCUUGAGCAGGGCAGGUUUAAAGAAGGUCUCCGUGUCUGUCCACGGGCUCUUUCGGUUACAAGUGACGUGGACCGCAUCUUCGGGGCUCUCCCACGCUCGGGAAGGACGGCGCAGGCCACCGCAGGGACACCCCUCGGCCUGUCGGCGCGGCGGGCGUCUCCAGGAGCGCCACCUGCACCCACCGCGCCCCCGCGGGAGGAGCCGCGAGCACACGUGCAUAUUUGGGUUUCUGCUCGCCCCUCUGCGGGGUUUAUCCAUCCGCACUGUGCGUGGGGCGGCGGUCCCCGCGCGCCGUGGAGGUGACGUCACGCCCGCGCUCGCAGCCUCCGAAGACGCCCGCCUCCUGCGCCGAGGUUCGGAGUCCUGGGUGACCACCUACAUCGCGGACAAGACGAAGACGGCGACUACCCACUGCCCCGCGGUCCCCGGCGCCUGCUUUUAUAGCAAGCCGGACCUCGACCUGGACCCGGAUCUGGACCCCGGCCCUGACCCCGACCUGGACCCGGGCCCCGACCUGGACCCCGGCCCCGACCCCGACAGGCAGCUGCCGGAGCUCGGCCCUCUCUUCUCCUGGACUCAAGAGCCAGAGGACUACGGCCCCCCAAGUUGCCCGCAGAGCGCGGCUGCCCGCGUGCAGGAUUGCAGCCACGGCCACCACCGGAGGGGCGACACUGGCCUCUUCCCGUCCUUCCCGUCGCCCUCGGAGGGCGAGUUGGGGCUGGAGGGGCCCGGGGACCCAGACCGGCCCUCGGACUUGAGCCAGACCCACCCCCUGUCGAGCGAGCCCGCGGGCUGUCCGGAGGAUGGCCCCCGCUUGCGGGCCGUGUUCGAGGCCCUGGACGGGGACGGGGACGGCUUCGUCCGCAUCGAGGACUUCGUCCAGUUCGCCACGGUCUACGGGGCAGAGCAGGUGAAGGACUUAACGAAAUACUUGGAUCCCAGUGGCCUCGGCGUGAUCAGUUUUGAAGACUUCUACCGAGGGAUCACGGCGAUCAGAAACGGAGGUUCCGAUGGCCAGCUCUGCGUGGCGCCUGCCCAGGACGAGGAGCCGCCAGCCUGCCCCGACGAGUUUGACGACUUUGUUACCUUUGAGGCCAACGAGGUGACGGACAGCGCGUACAUGGGCUCCGAGAGCACCUACAGCGAGUGCGAGACCUUCACUGACGAGGACACGAGCACCCUGGUGCAUCCCGAGCUGCAGCCCGAAGGGGACACGGACAGCGCAGGCGGCUCGGCUGUGCCCUCCGAGUGCCUGGACGCCAUGGAGGAGCCUGGCCACGGCGCCCUGCUGCUGUUCCCGGGCAGAUCCCACCUGCACAGCCAGUCCAUCGUCACGGUGAUAGGUGGUGAGGAGCAUUUUGAGGACUAUGGCGAGGGCAGUGAGGCGGAGUUGUCUCCGGAGACCCUCUGCAACGGGGAAUAUGACUGCAGGGAGCCCGCCUUUCUCACCCCCCGUCCAGCGAAGCGGCUCUCCAGCAAGAAGGUGGCAAGGCACCUGCACCAGUCGGGAGCCCUGACCAUGGAGGCCCUGCAGGACCCUCCCCCAGACCCCAUGGAGGGCAUGGAAGAGGACAUUGCUGACAAGGUUGUCUUCCUGGAGAAGCGGGUGUCAGAGCUGGAGAAGGACACGGUUGCCAACGGGGAGCAGCACAGCCGGCUGAGGCAGGAGAACCUCCAGCUGGUGCACAGAGCCAAUGCCCUUGAGGAGCAGCUGAAGGAGCAGGAGCUGAGAGCCUGCGAGAUGGUCCUGGAGGAGACGCGGAGGCAGAAGGACCUCCUGUGCAAGAUGGAGAGAGAGAAGAGCAUCGAGAUCGAGAACCUGCAGGCCAGGCUGCAGCAGCUGGAUGAGGAGAACAGCGAGCUGAGGUCCUGCACACCCUGUCUGAAGGCCAACAUCGAACGCCUGGAGGAGGAGAAGCAAAAGCUGCUGGAUGAGAUAGAGGAGUUGUCGCUGCGGCUCAGCGACGAGCAGGAGAACAGGAGGAAGCUGGGGGACAGGCUGAGUCACGAGAGGCACCAGUUCCAGAGGGACAAGGAGGCGACCCAGGAGCUGAUCGAGGAUCUGCGCAAGCAGCUGGAGCACCUGCAGCUCUUCAAGCUGGAGGCAGAGCAGAGGCGGGGCCGCAGCAGCAGCACAGGCCUGCAGGAGUACCACAGCCGCACGCGGGAGAGUGAGCUGGAGCAGGAGGUCCGCCGGCUGAAGCAGGACAACCGUAACCUGAAGGAGCAGAAUGACGAGCUCAAUGGGCAGAUCAUAAACCUGAGCAUCCAGGGCGCCAAGAACCUCUUCUCCACGUCCUUCUCUGAGUCCCUGGCUGCAGAGAUCAGCUCGGUCUCCCGUGACGAGCUCAUGGAGGCGAUUCAGAAGCAGGAGGAGAUCAACUUUCGCCUGCAGGACUACAUUGACAGGAUCAUCGUGGCCAUCAUGGAGACCAACCCGUCUAUCCUGGAGGUCAAGUAGAGGCAGGAGGGCCAGCCUAGGCUGGAUUCAGGACUCUACCAACACCCCGGAGAUGGCCCCAGCACACACGGCUGAGAC